AUGAGAAAACGUAUGGAAAGAUUCGUAGUUCGUCCAUUCUCUUUAAGAUGUGCUUCCCAUUCAAGUGUGGAAUUAGGUGCACCCAAAGGACCAAAAGAAGAUUCCAAAGGCCCUAUUGCUUCAAGAAGACAAGAAGGCGAAGAUAGAUCAGUUAUGAAGAGAAGCAAGCCUUCGAGGUUUCUGGUUCUACCAAAGCCUAACGUAGCUGCUGGCAUACAGCGAUUAAUCAGGGGCAUCAAGAGUUUAUCUCGAUUAUUUUUUUACAAAAAGGAUACUGAGGAGAUGGAACCUGAGAUGGAAAUUGGAUAUCCAACAAAUGUGAAGCAUGUAACACAUAUUGGACUUGAUGGGUCAACUACCACAAAUAAUGUCAAUGGUUGGGACAAUCUGAAGGCACCUGAAUUAUUGUCUUUCUCUCCAAUUUCAUUCAAGCAAUUUGAAUUGGCCAUGGCUACCCAAACUCACCAACCUCUCAUUAAUGAUCCCUCCUCAAAAUGUGGUUCAAACACUUGA